AUGGUUCUGACAGGGCACUCACUCGGUAGAAACAAGCUAGAACAACUUCUGAAACAAGGAAGGCAAUCAAAAGAGGACAUUAAUUCUACAUACAAAAUUAUGCGUAGGGUAGAAGCAGAAGAACUUUCACUUGAUGCUGCAGAACUUGUUAUUACAAGCACCAAGCAGGAGAUUGAUGAACAGUGGGGACUAUAUGAUGGAUUUGAUGUAAAGCUUGAGAAAGUUUUGAGGGCCCGUGCAAGAAGAGGGGUCAAUUGCCAUGGUCGCUACAUGCCAAGGAUGGCGGUUAUCCCUCCUGGGAUGGACUUCAGCAAUGUCAUAGCACAAGAAGACACAGCCGAAGUCGAUGGUGAACUUGUAGCACUAACCAAUGGUGAUGGUGCUUCACCUAAAGCACUCCCUCCAAUAUGGUCAGAAGUAAUGCGGUUUCUCACAAAUCCCCACAAGCCAAUGAUUCUAGCAUUGUCAAGACCAGAUCCAAAGAAAAAUAUUACCACACUUGCAGCUCAUUAUGCUGAUGCUAUUGGUCCCUGCUAUGGAAUUCCCAAUUAUUGUGAUGUUUGGAUGGAUAAACUCCGAUGUCUCACUGUUACAUUUGGAAGGUCUUUUCCUGUGCUUGCGACUUGGUAAAUGGGAAGCAGGAUUAGGUGGAACUGGCUACUACGUUGCUUGUAUUACAGGGGAACCAGUGAAAGAUUCUAAAACUUCCAUUUCUGUGAGUGUUGGAGGUAUUAAAUGCUCGAUUGGGAGUCAGUAUGUGUCCAAUCAGGACUUCUUAGAGGAUGAAUUAAAGGUCUGGUGGUCCAGAACUUUGAGGAAUGGUGGGAAGAUUCCAUCAACGGAGGAUUUGGAAACGAAAUUGAGACAGAGAAUCAAAUUAGGCUUCUAAAUUCUACACUUAAGACCAGUAGCAUAGCAUCACCAAGCUACAGUGGGUUUCUUGCGCAAGUUUUCUGAUUUGGUUAAUUAAGGCAAGUUUUUCGGUAUUCAUUGUUGGUUUUGACAUUUGUUUUAACUUGAGCUGAGAAAGUGCGAAUUCAGAAUAAAAGCACCCUUGGGGUAAGCUGAGAAUAGCUGAACAAGCAUGUAGUUAUUGUACAUAGAAAACUAGUUUGGAUCCUGUUUGAAAACUAGAAUCAGUAGUGGGAAAUUUUAACCAAUUGCUUGGCUUCCAAGGUCGCCUAGUCUUAAAAAUGGUUUUCAGACUGACAAAAUACUGGUUCACAUUAAUGCCUCAUUUCUUGUGUAAUUAUGUGAAAGGUUGGACUAACACACAUCCAGAUCAAAAUAUCUGAUAUUAGAACAAAGCCACAAGAAUGUUGUUCUGGUCUGGGCGUAGGGUAUAUCAUUUAACUACUAAGGCCUAGGAAAAUAUUCACUAUCAAUUGCCUGAGCAAAAGAAUCUCUAUCUGGAACUAUGUGUGUGGAUGACAACUGGAAAUUAACAGCAUCCAUAUCUCCACCUUUGUAGAUGUGUUGGUCCAUUGCUUUUAACUAGAAUGAAACAACUUGACUUCAAAUGA